AUGGCAAAGUCUCCCGAGCAGUCCCAGCUACAGGGAAAUAUCGUUGCCUUCGAGGGCCCUUUGGAGCUGGUUUCAACCCAGUUGCGCCUUCUGCCCACGUCGCCCCAGAUCCUGGUGCUUCCUAGUCUUCGGCAUUACUUGUCGGCAGACCAUGGCGAACAGCCGUUUGCCGGCAAACACGUCAUUCGCCAAAUCCACGAUGCUGCCAAAGCACGGCAUGCGGUUGCUCUCGAGUUUCUACGGCACUCGACAGUGGACAAGAGACGGAUCGUCUUCAUGGAUGGGGGAACUGUCGGGGCCCAGGUCUCGUGUCUCUCGGCCAUCAGCAAGAACCAAACAGACGGAGAUAUCAAGAAAGCAGAGUCUAUGUUCAACAGACUCGCGAGCAAGGGCGUUGCUGGCCUGCUGAAGAGCAAGCGGGCCUCCAACGUCACGGGUGUCUCACGCCUCUCACGCGAAGUUUCGAGCCAUCAUAGCCUAGCACCCGGCGCGUCUCCCGUUGCAGGAAGCAGCGGGAAGACGAGCGGUGACCCAAGAACCAGGGAGCAGGCUGUACGCGGAGGCGAGAGCGACAGAAACGAGGAUCCAAUCACACGAGCAAUGAGAGCUGCAGAUGCCCUCUACAUGGAGACAGACAGCUUGCAGCCACCCACCAACGACAUGGACCUCUCUGCCAGGUCGGGUCGCAUGCCGAGUAUGCGGUCGAGACGGAGUCUGAGCUUAUCUGCUCUCCACUUUGCCGAUAUCAUGCAGCCCUCCAGGUCAUCUUCGCGCUCGAGGCUAACACAGAGUUAUCCUGUGGGUUUCGCCGACCAAUGCUUGGCUGCGAUACUUCAAGUGUCAGCCGGUGUCCCAGGCCUAGAGGCGAGGGUCCCGUUGGCCUCGCUAAGCUGGGUCGACGAAGCGUCUGAUGGAGCAAGCUCUCUGGUUUCGCCGUCGUCAGAUUACCCAAGCUCUCGUCCUUCCUCGCCCGACCGCCUUGGGCAUAGACGGAUCCGAGUUGCCAGCAUUCGCCUGCUCCCCAAGCAAAAACAAGGGAAAAGAUCAAGAUCGUUGGAGCGCAGCUUUCUCGACAGUGAAGACGACAGAAGCUUGGCGGACAUGGUCUCGCCGCUCCCAAGAAGACAGCCGUCCAGGGUCGGCAGUCAGAAUGGAAAACAAUCCUCAAGUGGCUCGAGCAUUGCUACAAUGCAGAGCGAUCCACCGCAAAAGCCGGCCCAAUCGGAAGAAGCCCGACAGACAGGCCUCGACAAGUCCAGCGAGGCUUCUUCGGCCCGAACCUCACUUCAGCGAAGCAAGGAAGGAUCGGGGCUCUCAGGGGCUGAUGCUGGCGAUGAAGCUUCCGUGCCGGACCGUGGCCGCAGAUCAUCGCUGGAGACUGAAUCGUCAGUUGAGCAACCCUUCGAGCCCAUCCUACCCCUUCUCGAAGACCUCGUGAUACAUUUUGCCGGCGACGUGCAAGACGACGUCUAUGAACUAGUACUAAAGAGGUUCAGAAAAGGCGGCUACUCUGUCAGCACUCCUGUUCCAGAGUUGAUUAUCCCUGACAAGGCUCUUGCGCUUUCUACCUUCACGCCCUCGCCUGUCAGCCCAAGUGCUUCUCGUGAUUUUCUUCACACAGCCGCGGUUCCGAGCGAGCUGGGGUCUAUCACUUCUGACGAGUAUUACGGCGAUCGAGUGAUACCGUCGAUGCAGAAGGGCUUCGCUGAGAGCAGGCGUUCACCGCGGCAUUCACCAACGCCAUCUCGCGCAUCUACUAGGUCGCCAAUUGACCUGCAUCAGAAAUUUCACACUCUGACUGUUGGUGGGCAAACGGCAGCCUCUAUCCAGAACACGCUGCGGUCAAUCUUCGGCUCCGUCUUCCCUCUAGAGGGGUGGGGGUACCGUCCGUCCCACUCAGCCGCGAAUCUGGAGAUGCAGAGUAUGUGGAAGCCGAUAUUCUCCGACGCAGGACCCCGGAACGCCUCGAACGCCGGUAGGAGGACAGAUUUGAUUCUAGCCAUUGGCGCCGAGAAUGGCGUGAAGAGGGACUACGUCUCGCUAGUGGUUGGCCAGAUCGAGAAACUGGGAUCCAAGUCAAGCGGGCGCUCUAGAAGUGGGCACCUGGACCUGAGCUUGUACCUCGUGCUAACAAAGGCUACAAGAUAUCUCAUUGCCAAUGCCAUGCAGGCAUUCACGUGCCAGCCGUUGACCAGACAAGCCCGAGAGAACCCCUUCACCGACAGCGCCUUGCUUGCAAGCCUCGUAAUCCCACAUCUAGAGACUUAUAUCUGUUCCCACCCCAACAUUCGCUUCCUCAUUAUCGAGUACCCGGCCGAACAUCUGCCUACGGUCCUGGCGUUGCAGCAGCUCAUAGGCGCAGACCUCUUGAAGGUUGCUUGCAUCCUGAAUGGCGACAACCCAGCGGCAUUUCAGAGACCCUCGUCCGCGCCCCCUGGCUUUGGGGACGCGAGCGAGUACGACGAAAGCCCCGUAGGGCCUCAAGGACCCUUCUCCGGGACGCGCCAAUUCUCGAAGGCCAACUACCUCCUCACACACCUGGCAGCCGGCUCCGAGACUGCCUCCUUUGUCGCCUCGAUUCGCGAGACGCUUGUCUCCAUCUCGGAUUUCUACGUCCCUGAGGUUCCUCCUCGGAAGGGUUCUUUGAUACAUCAACUCCACCCCCAUUUCGCGACGGACAUUAGCACCACCACCAACAACAACGGGAACAACAAUGUCAAGGGCAAGGCCGUGCGAAUCAGCCACAGCUCGCCGACUUUCCACCCCAAGGUCUCGCCCACAUUGUCCCUGCUGGACACGCCACCAUCAUCUCCGCUUGAGUACUACGUGACGAGGCCACGGUCUGCCUCCCGCCCGCUAUCCCCUACCCUGUCGAUAAAGAGCCGCACGUCACUUGCGCCGUCUGCGGGCGGCGGUAACGGCGGCGGUGGCGAUGAAUUGGACAUUGCUGCUUUCUCCGUCGCUGGUCCCUCGUUCUCAAGGGACCGACCGCGCCUCAUAAAGAGUAAUGGCGCCGCCUCUCCAAAGGAGGCCGCCGCCGCUUCCGGCAGGAGCUCGCAGCUUGAGCACCUGCUGAUUAUGGAAGAGGAGUACGGGUUUGACGAAUCCGACGCCGAGGAGCGCCGACUCAUGCCCCUCUUUCUCCGCCGCCAGGCCGACAAGGGCAACAGCCAGAAGGCGCUCAAGUGGCUAGGCCUCGAGUAG